AUGACCGACGGCAGGUCCCCGAGCCCGUGGGGCGGGCGCGUCCCGGAGACGGUGUGCGACCGAGCGGGCGCCUGCCUCGGGGAGAAGCUGCGGCAGAGGCUCUGGGACCUGGUGGUCGAUUUCCCCGUCUUCGACGCGGGCGACGCGGCGGGCAUCGUGGAGAGCGCGGGGUGGAUACGGCACUACGUCUUCCCGUCGUCCGACGACGUCUACAUGGUGUGCAACCGUUCUGCGCUCGCGCGCGGGCCGGGCGGCGGGAUCCUGGAGGGCUCCGCGGUCCGGCCUUCGAACGCGACGGCGCGCGCUCUGCUGAACCAGUGGGACGCGUACGGGGACGGGAAGAAGCGGCUGGAGGAGGUCUUCGCGGCGUCGAGCCUGAAUUUCACAGCCCUGAGGCUGUGCCGGUAA